AUGAAACGGCUAUUCCUGCUUGGUACUGUUUUCGUGAAGAUUCUUGCGGCUAGCCGAUUGUGCGAUCGAGAUGACGGUCCCAGUCUUACGGUAAGGACAAUAACUGGAACAUAUACCGGCCUACAGAAUUCAGAAUAUCCAGGUGUUAGAGAAUUUCGAAAUAUCCCGUAUGCGGAGCCUCCUGUUGGCAAGCUCCGAUGGAAACCACCUGUACCUCUCCGUCCUUCACGGAGCCAUCAUCACUCUUACAGAUUCCCACCUUCAUGUCCUCAAUAUUUGACCUCUCAGUUAUCAUUAUGGAAUGCCAAUAUUACCGACUUCUCUAUCUCAACAGGUGACCAAAGUCAUUAUGCAGGAGAAAUGGCACAGACCACAGCAGAGGAUUGCUUAAGCUUAGCGAUUUGGACCCCUAUUAAUACUACAUCACAUGAUAAGCUUCCUGUGGGUUUAUUCCUGCCGGGUGGUAGUUUUAGGGGCGGUGGCUUGGAUGCCCCCUAUCAUAUGCCAGCGGGAUGGGUUAACCGCAGCCAAAAGCACAUCAUGGUUACCAUGAAUUACAGGGUUAACAUAUUUGGAUUUCCAAAUUCCGCUGGGCUCGAAGACAACGAUCUUGGCAUUUUAGAUCAGAGACUUGCACUAGAAUGGGUAUAUGCGAACAUUGAAGCAUUUGGUGGUGACUCGAGCCGUAUCACCGUAUGGGGUCACUCAGCCGGUGGAGUAUCAGCAGAUGUUUUGAACUUCGCAUAUCACGAUGAUCCGCUGGCUGCGGGCUUCUUCUUGAUGUCCGGAGCAGCAAUGCGUACUUUUGCACAGGGCGACAACGCACUACAAACAAAUUUUACAUACGUUUCCAAGGAACUUGGGUGUGAUUUUCCAGACGACCCAGAAGCCGAGGUUGAAUGCAUGCAACAGGUCCCAGUAAAUUUAAUUACGAAUUUUGUUGGACAUUAUGGGGACGAAAACAAGAAGCCAUCUUUGUUCUUUCGACCUACUGCUGACAACAAAAUCAUAUUCAAGAACUAUACAGAAAGAGCCGAGAAAGGUCUCAUAUCGAAAGUGCCAGCACUCAUUAGCGACACAUCGAAUGAGCAAUCAAGCCUUAUUGCCUACCCUAUUGACAACUUGACUCAAGGACCUAAUAAGACGGAAGUCGACAAAGGAACGUUGAGUGACUUUAUUUGUCCGGCAUUCAACUCUUCAAAUGCCAGAGAAUUUAAUGACCUCACUACAUAUCGCUAUCAAUAUGCCGGGAACUACUCAAACUUAACGCCAUUCCCUUGGAUGGGAGCCUACCAUGGAGCCGAUUUGCCCAUGAUAUUUGGAAGUUAUAACCUUACAGGCGGAGCUACAGAGUUUCAGAGACAGGUAGCAGAGACGAUGCAGGACUACGUAUUAGCUUUCUUGACAGAUCCGGAGAAUGGGCUGAAGUCACUCAGUUGGUUACCCGAUAGUUCUGGAUCCAGCGUUGGUGGUCCAAUGGUGAGGUUCGGAGCAGGUGACGUUGUAGUCCAGAGUAUCAACGCCUCAGACGUGGAUGUUGCGUGUACAGGGAGAGGUCAUUACAACUCACGUCCAUAG